GCAAAGAGCUGCAAGAAUAAAAUAAAACAAAACCAAAAAGACAACACAAACAAGGCUUAAAGGAAGAGGAAAGGUUCUAUUGGCAAAGGAUAAAAACACUCAUCACCUCACCCUCCUCCUCCACAAACAUAUAAACCUACCAAGUGAAAGAGAUUUGAGAUUGAAGAAGAUCCAAAGUGUUGGCCUUUUCUUUUACACCACACCCACCACCACAAGAGAAAGACCAUAGUUCCUCGAGAAUCAUAUCAAAGCAAGAUCAGGAUAUUCUUCUUCUAUAGUAUAUAUAGAAAGCUAUAGAGUUUGGAUUUUACAAAUGCUUAGAUGAAAAAGGAAGAAGAUCAAGGGCAGUGUUCUUCUCAAGCAAUCAACAAUAACAUUCAAAGCUAUCAUCAAGAGCAGCUACUCUUUCAGCAACAGAUGCAGCAACAGCAAAACUUUGAUAACAUCUUUGGAGGUGGAAGAGGUUUAAAUAUGUUCCCAGAAGUUCCAUGGUCCAUGAACCCGGUUCAUUCUUUCAACCCGGUUCGGGACCAUGAACCUUCAUCAUUUAUUGUCCCUCCACCACCUUCACCUUAUGCUGGUUUCUUCAACAGAAGGGUUCCAUCCCUUCAGUUUGCAUAUGAGGGUCCCUCUUCUGACCAUCAUCUAAGGAUCAUAUCUGAUGCACUGGUUGGACCCAUGGUUCAAACCGGUUCAGUUCCCUACGGGCUCCAAGCUGAGCUGGGGAAGAUGACUGCUCAGGAAAUCAUGGAGGCUAAGGCUCUUGCAGCUUCCAAGAGCCACAGUGAGGCUGAAAGGAGGCGCAGAGAGAGAAUCAACAACCAUCUUGCUAAGUUGAGAAGCUUGUUGCCAAACACAACCAAAACAGAUAAGGCUUCGUUGUUAGCAGAAGUGAUCCAACAUGUAAAGGAGCUGAAGCGACAAACUUCAUUAAUAGCAGAAACAAGUCCAGUGCCAACAGAAGCUGAUGAGCUAACAGUGGAUGCAGCUGAUGAGGAUGGAAGGUUUGUGAUAAAAGCCUCACUGUGCUGUGAAGACAGGUCAGAUCUCCUACCAGACCUCAUCAAGGCACUGAAAGCAUUGAGGCUAAGAACCCUCAGAGCCGAGAUCUCAACGCUCGGCGGGCGUGUGAAAAACGUGCUCUUCAUCACCGGGGAUGAUCAGGAUUCAAGUGGUGAAGAUCAAAGCCAACAACAGUAUUGUAUUAGCUCGAUACAAGAAGCACUUAAGGCGGUGAUGGAGAAGAAUGGUGGUGGUGGGGAUGAAUCAGCUUCUGGGAAUGUUAAGCGCCAAAGGACUAACAUCAAUAUCAUUGAACAAAGGUCUUUAUGAAUUUUCACAAAAUUAAAGACCUAUAUAUAGUGUUAUUUGUUACACUUAAUUAUCAUAUGUUUUCUUAUUUUCUUUCUUUGGUUGUUUGGGGUUUGGUUCUUUUGGUUUAUGGUGUGGUGAAAAUAUUAUUAUCAUCAUGAUGAAGCAAUGAGGUAAUGAGAUGAUGUGGGGUUUUGUACA